AUGCAGCUUUUGACAUGCAGGGAUGCAGGGCCAUAUUUUUCGGAACACCCUUUGUAAUUGCAUGUUAGUUCAGACGUCAGUUUUCAAUCGAUAGUCACUUCCAUCCUCUACAAUGAGAGCAACAUCAAAUUACAGAAAAGAGCUCCAAAAUUGUUAUAAAAAAAAAAGAGCCGUAAGCUUUCAGUCAGCAAGAAGCCAUGGCCGCUCCCCAGAUCAAAGGCGACGUUGUCGACACCGACCAGGUUUUGGUGGAAGAGAAAGGAUGCGUGAGGGUACUGACACUGAACAGGCCGAGGCAGUUGAACGCCCUCUCAUCUCAGAUGAUUUUGAAAUUGCUGAAGCUUUUCACUGCUUAUGAAAAGGAUCCUACGGCCAAGCUACUAAUUAUGAAGGGAAAAGGAAGGGCAUUCUGUGCAGGAUCAGAUGUAUCAGCAGUAACCCAUUCUAUUACACAAGGUCAUUGGACUAACGGUGCAAACGUGUUCUGGAAUCAGUAUAUCUUAGACUAUAUAAUUGCGACUUACAGCAAACCUCAGGUUUCUUUUCUGAACGGAUUUGUAAUGGGAGGUGGAGCCGGUGUUUCAAUUCAUGGAAGGUUUCGGGUCGCUACAGAGAAAUCGGUUUUUGCAAUGCCUGAAACAGCAUUGGGGUGUUUUCCAGAUGUAGGUGCUUCUUAUUUUCUUUCAAGGCUACGUGGAUACUUCGGAGAGUAUGUUGGCCUAACUGGUACAAGGUUGGAUGGGGCUGAAAUGCUUGCAUGUGGCCUUGCAACACAUUUUGUUCCUUCAACGAGAUUGGAUUUGCUGGAGGAAUCAUUUGUUAAGUUGGACAGUUUCGAUUCUUUUACAGUCUGCAGAAUUAUCGAUCAGUUUUCGGAGCAUGUGCUCGUGAGAGAAAGCAGUGCUUAUAACAGAUUGGAUGUAAUUGAUAGAUGUUUCUCUAAAACAACCGUUGAAGAAAUUUUGUCCGCUGUUGAGCAGGAGGUUGUACAUUGGUCCAGUGAGUGGAUUUUGACUGCAAUAGAGUUAUUGAAGAAGGCAUCUCCUAUUAAUCUGAAGGUUGCACUCAGAUCGAUAAGAGAAGGGCAAACUCAACAAGUUGGCCAAUGCCUUGUCCGAGAGUACAGAAUGUGUUGCCAUAUUCUACGAAAAGAUUUCAGCAAGGACUUCUUCGAGGGAUGCAGGGCUAUACUAGUCGAUAAAGAUAGAAACCCAAAGUGGGAGCCAUCUCGGUUGGAUCAGAUCGAUGAUGAUAUGGUAGAUAAAUAUUUCUCAAAGGUUGAUGAUGCUGGGUGGGAAGAAUUGAAACUUCCUGGAGGUCAUGACCCAAAUAUCCUGUCAAAAAUCUGAGGAAGUUUGUUAGAGUCUUGACUACCUUGUGUUGGAAGACAAUGAAGUCAUUACCUUAAUUGCAUCUCUAAAUAAUGCUGGUUUAUGUUGCAAGUCAAUAUCUGUUCUUUGUAAGUUAAAAGUGUAUGAAUCAAAAUGAUGAAUAAUGACAGCAAAUAAAAUUAUUCCUUCUAUUACA